AUGGCCAACGAUGAAUAUGAUUUUCUCUUCAAGGUCGUCCUCAUUGGUGACUCUGGAGUCGGAAAAUCCAACCUGCUGAGCCGGUUUACUCGAAAUGAGUUCAACCUGGAUUCCAAGUCUACGAUCGGCGUUGAGUUUGCGACAAGGUCUAUUCAGGUUGACGCAAAGACAAUCAAGGCGCAAAUCUGGGACACUGCAGGUCAGGAGAGAUACCGCGCAAUCACUUCUGCCUACUAUCGUGGAGCGGUCGGCGCGCUGCUCGUCUACGACAUCAGCAAGCACCAGACUUACGACAAUGUGACCCGUUGGUUGAAGGAGCUCCGAGAUCAUGCCGAUGCCAAUAUUGUGAUCAUGCUUGUUGGGAACAAGAGCGAUCUGAGGCAUUUGAGGGCUGUACCUACUGAAGAAGCCAAGCAGUUUGCGAGCGAAAACAAUCUAUCCUUCAUCGAAACGUCCGCUCUCGACGCAAGCAACGUUGAGCUUGCCUUCCAAAAUAUCCUCACAGGCAAGUCUUCAGACUACAAUAAACAGGCAGAGCUAACAAGCACGACAGAGAUCUACAGGAUUGUGUCCAGCAAGACAUUCGAGACAGGAGACUCUGCGCAAAACCCCAUCGCACAAGGCACCAAACUCGACAUUGGCAACUCGCCUUCCCCAGAUACCAAGACUAAUAAAUGUUGUUGA